AUUUACAAACAAUUUUCUGAAAGUAUUAAUGUUUUUAUUGAAUGAAUCGAUGGAUCAAUAGAUGUCUUAAUAGUGUUUAUGCUAUCAAUCAAUGUAUUGACAGUUACUUGAAAUGUCUGAGUGAUGGCCUCUUCGUCGUCCAACGAGUCGGCGCCACAAUUGAGUCGAUCCGAGGCUAAGAUUGUCUUAAAUCAAGUGAUUCGCGCAAUCAAUGAGACCAAUAAUACGGAGUCUUCGGCGGGUCUGCCGUCAGAUUCAUCGGAAAGUGAUUAUUGUAUAGAAUUGAAGCCACAGAUGGAUGCCGUGAAACACAUGCGAUAUAUGUUUCCGAUGUCCACUCAAAUACUCAUGAAUGUCAUCUCCAACUAUGGAUUCUCUAAGAGUGGUGAAGGAGUCAUUCAGUUCUACAUUUUAGUCCGAAAAAUGGAGAGAUUUGAUGAAGAAAUCAAAAGACUUAAUACUCAACUCAAGUCCUUUCUGUUGCCAACACUUUGCUUCACUCCUUUGGCCACCAAUUCGUCGGUCAUUUGAAUUGAAAAGUAUAGACAAAAAUUGUAAAUCAUAUAUAAAAG